AGUCGUGUCUUUAAAAACCUGUCUUGUUCAGAGCGUUUCCAGCAGAGUCCAUUGUGUGAUCACAGGCCUCAAGAUGACAGCUCGACUUUACUGCUCGUUGCUCGCGCUUUUAUUGUGUCCCUGUGUAUGCGCGACAGUAAGAAACGACGAUGAUCGAAACACGGGGGAACCAAAGCCUGGGGAGUGUCCAAGUGACAUCAGUUCAGUGAGAGCGGCAGGACUGUGUGUCGAGGAGUGUUCCCAUGACCGUCAAUGUCCAAACGAUAAGAAGUGCUGCAGCAAUGGAUGUGGACAUCAGUGUACAGCUCCAUAUAAAGAUCAACCAAAGCCAGGAGGGUGUCCGAAAAUCCCUGCAGGAGUGGCUGGACCGUGUGUCCAUUCAUGUUCCUAUGACCGUGACUGUCCGAAUGAUCAGAAAUGCUGCAGUAAUGGAUGUGGACAAACGUGUUCAGCUCCAUUUAAAGAUAAACCAAAGCCCGGAGUGUGUCCGAACAAAAUCCCUGAAGUAGAAAGAAAAUGUUCUGAGUCGUGUUCCCAAGACAGUGAUUGUCCGAAAGAUGAGAAAUGCUGCAGCAGUGGAUGUGGACAUCAGUGUAGGGCUCCAUAUAAAGCAAAGCUAGGAGUGUGUCCAGUCAUACCCCCUGGAGGAGUGUGUAUGGAUUCAUGUGUCGAUGACAGUGACUGUCCGGGCAAAGACAAAUGCUGCAGCAGUAGAUGUGGACGCCAAUGUGUGAUGCCUGGUAGAUGUUCUGGACCGCAUUCGCCUCUUUGCCAAGAAGCAGAUGCAUGAUGUGUUGCCCGACCACCUGUGCUGAUUUAGUCAUCGGAGAGAGUCCUCCGAGAUUGAUUUUUGCACACCAUACUUGAGGACUUCUCAACAAAUAAAAAUAUCUAGUAAAAAAA